GUCAGUGGUUUUGAUGUGUGGGGCAGAAGCCAGGAUGAAGCUUAUAAUUGUGGUCACCUUUGCUCUGCUGGUGCUUUUCUACCUGGACCAGGUAGACUCAUCUGCUUAUGACAAGAUUUUGUCACACAGCCGCAUCAGGGCCAAGAAUCAUGGGCCCAAUGUGUGUGCCCUUCAGCAGGUAAGCGGUACCAAGAAGAAGUAUUUCAGCACAUGCAGAAACUGGUACCAAAAAACCAUCUGUGGAAAGAAAGCGAAUGUCUUAUAUGAAUGCUGUCCUGGUUAUAUGGAGCUGAAGGGGAGGAAAGGCUGCCCUGCAGCUCUCCCUAUUGACACCAUCUAUGGCACAUUGGGUCUGCUAAAACUUGAUAUUGCACAUGGUUAUUCUGACCUCUCCAAGAUUAAAGAGGAGAUUGAUGGAGCUGGUUCCUAUACCAUGUUUGCUCCUAGUAAUGAUGCCUGGGAACAAUUGGAUGUUAAUGUUAGAGCUGCUCUUGUGAACAAAGCCCAGACAGAGUUGUACAACACUUUGCGCUACCACAUGGUCAACAAACGUUACCUUACUAAAGACAUGAAGAAUGACAUGAUCCUGCAGUCGAUGUACAACAAGCAGGGUCUGCACAUUAACCACUAUUCUAAUGGAGUUGUGACAGUUAACUGUGCCAGGAUCAUUCAUGCCAACCAGGUGUCCACAAAUGGAGUAGUACAUGUAAUUGACCGUGUCAUCAGUGCAGCUGAAAACAGCAUCAGGGAUGCCAUUCAAAGCAAUGAGGAACUCAGCAUAUUGAAUGACGCUAUGAGUGUGGACUCAAGCGUAUUAGAAAGUCUUAGCAAAUCUGGACACUAUACUCUCUUUGCUCCAACCAAUAUAGCCUUUGAAAAGUUAGAGUCUGGUGUCCUUGAUCGGAUCCUAAAUGACAAGACUGUAAUUCAAGCCUUUUUAAAGUAUCACCUUCUGAACACAGUCCAGUGCUCAGAAGCCAUCAUGGCUGGCACUGCAUACGAGACACUGGAGGGGAGUGUAAUCGAGAUAGGCUGUGAUGGUGAAAGCCUCACAGUCAAUGGCAUUAAAAUGGUGUUGAAGAAAGACAUCGUCACCAGCAAUGGAGUUAUUCACCUCAUUGAUCAAGUGCUCAUUCCUGACUCAGCUAAGCAGGUGACGGAACUGGUUGGUGAUUCCCAGAGAAUGUUUGGUGACAUGGUGUCUGAGAUGGGCCUGUCUGAAGCCAUGAAGCCUGAGAAUGAGUACACACUCCUCGCCCCGCUCGAUAGUGUCUUCACCAGGGAAAUAAUGUCUUUGGAUCAGCAUCUGCUAAAGAUCAUUCUUGAAAAUCACAUCCUGAAGCUCAGGGUCACCCUAAACGAACUUUACAAUGGUCAGCUGCUGGAGACCCUGGGAGGGAAGCUGCUUAGAGUCUUUGUUUACCGCACAGCUGUGUGCAUUGAGAAUGCCUGCAUGAUCCGAGGCAGUAAAGAGGGAAGUAAUGGGGUACUUCAUUUGAUGCGAUCAUUAAUCCAAUUGCCAGAGAAGACUGUGUUUGAGCUGCUGAAGACUGAUGGACGCUUCACUAUAUUCCUGAAGUUGAUGGAGAGAGCAGAACUGACUGAGAUGCUCAAGCAAGAGGGGUCAUACACAAUUUUUGCUCCGACUGAUGAUGCAUUCAAGGGGAUGUCAGAAGAGGACAUGUCACUUCUCACCAGUGACAUGAACGUGUUGAGGACAAUUCUGCUCUACCAUUUCAGCAAUAGCAUCUUCAUUAAUGGAGGACUGGAACUUGGAGUGACCAACCUGCUUAAAACCAUCCAGGGCAACGAUUUGCAACUGCUUUCUGUCAAUAAAUCAAUUAAUGUAAACUCAAUCAGCGUGAAAGAUAAUGACCUUAUGGCCUCCAACGGAGUGGUCCACGUUGUGAAAAACUUGCUCUAUCCUGCAGAUCUACCAGUAGGCCGUGAGGAUCUGCUCCAUGUGCUGCGGAAGCUCAUUAAAUACAUACAGAUAAAGUUUGUUCAUGGAUACACCUACAGGGAGAUUCCACAAACCUUCAUUAAAAGAUUUAUCACCACUCAUGUUAUUGAAACAGGUCCUGAAAUUAAGGUUAUCGAAGCUGAAAAAAAAUCAGAAACAGUGGUGAUGGAGGGAGGUCAUGUGAUCACUGAAUACAAGUUUGAGACCAAUCCUGUGGUAAAGAAAGUGGUAAUUGAGGGGGAACCAAAAAUUACCACAGUCAGGAGAGUCAUUGGAAACAUGUCGACCGUUUCAAAGGUUCUGGAAACUGAGCUACAUACACAGGAGGAGAAGAUCACAAAAAUGAUUGAAGGAGGUAGUGGAAAAAUCACCACUGUCACUAAAGUGAUUAGGCCAGAUCCCCAUAUUAUUGAAGGAUCAAUCACAACUUUCAAGCAGAGCCCAGAGCGCUUUAAGGAGGAAUCAGAGAGAAUCACCAAAAUUAUAAAACAUGGUGGCUCUCAGAAAAGAGUAGCUGUCCGAAGACAUGCAGCAGGAAUGAAGAGGCAAGCAAGACCUGUAAGACGUCCCUUAAAGCCUAGUCAGUGAGGCCAAAAAGGAUGCAGAUGAUCCAGUUAUUCCAACUAAAAUUUGCAUUUGGGGCUUAUACAUUAAUAUUUCAUUUUUUUAAGCAAAUGUAAUUUCCAAGUGAGGUUAGAAUAAAAGACAUGCAUAGAGCGGAGCAGUUGAGUCUCGAAUGAAAGUACAUACAAAAGCACAGACAGAGCUUUAUUCUAGGUAUCAUAUAGAAAACUAUGAUACUGAUAGACUGGAACUGAUUUUGGCUCUCCAAUAUUUCGUUUAAAUUAUUUCUUUAGACUGAUUUUGAUCACUUCUCUAUUUUUGACCAUACUAAGUGGUCUUAAUAAACAUGACCUUGCAAUAAAACAGGGUUAAACUGCUAUUAGAGUAACUUAUGACAACAUGCUGUUUUUUCACUUUAUUAUAUGUGUAUAGAGCACUAGUGAUAAACAUUAAUUUGUUGUAAACUGAUGACCCAGUAACACAGUUCAUGUACAGCAUCGGACAUUGCAAGCGCCGAUUCGAUUUUCAGCCUUUCCAUGUAAAGCUUAUCCGGCGAGGAUGGGUAGUAAGAAACAAAAUAU